CGCUCAUUGCUGGCUAGCGCCAAUAUGGUGCGACAACAGAGCGACACCACUGGAGUGCGACGACUCGUCCGUGGUGCAGCUAUCGAGGAUGAUCGGCCACAGACUAGUCAGGCAUCAUCGUGGAUUCCUAAACUCGUCCGAAGUUCGAAAUAUUCCAUUGUUGACACUACUUCCUUCUCUAGUCUUUGCGUAUUGUUGCCUAUCUCGCGUAUGAUUCUCAGGAUGACCCUUCUAGACCCAAGGUCACGUGAGAAGACACCACGAGUAUUAUGCGCCAAUUCCGUUUGGCGAAGAAGAGACACCGAACGAGAAAAGUUGGACGAGUUGUCUGGGUUAUGUCUUAAUGCUUAG